AUGGCCAGAUCUCGCCGCGUGUCUAGAAGGGACGACACCAUAAUUGUGUCAAUCGACCUUGGAAGCACCUAUUCAGCCUCCGCGGCCACUUACUCUGGUAAACCUGACCCUCCUGAGAAGCUAGAGCCUAUCAUGGGUUGGGCGGAAGGCGAUAAUUGCGAAAAAGUCCCUACUCUUCUGAGAUAUGAGGUCUCUUCUUCAGAAAACGUUCCUCAAACCCAAAAAUCACGUAAGCGCCGCGCUGGCACUGACGAAAGUACCCUCUUUGUCAGCCAGAAGUCCGCUGAAGUCGUCGAAUGGGGCUUUGAAGUGAACCAAGACAAAGAGUUCAUCCAGUUUGUCAAGCUCUUGCUUGAUCCCAGCCAGGAACUCCCCCAGUACGUCUCGCGCGAAGAGCUUGAGGCCCGGCUCAAGAGAGCUGGCAAGACCGCUGUCCAAGCAGCUGCAGACUACCUUGCCAACCUCAAAGACCAUGUUUCGGAGCAGCUUCAAAAGCGCUUUGGCGAGAGGAUGUACACCACAACAAAGGUUGAAUACAUUCUUACCGUCCCAGCCGUCUGGUCAGACGCAGCCAAGGACGCAACCAUGAAGGCUGCGGAGCUGGCUGGCAUGAAUGAGGCUGACAACUUGUCCAUGAUCACUGAGCCUGAAGCUGCCGCUCUUUGCGCUCUUAAGACUGUGGCCGAUGUCAGCGCUAGGGAAGAUGACGUCUGGAUUGUCUGCGAUGCCGGUGGUGGCACCGUAGACCUGAUCUCCUACGAAAUCAAGUCACUCUCCCCAUUCCUCAUCGAAGAAGCUGUCUCUGGCAAUGGUGAUGUUUGCGGCAGCGGCAUGAUCAACAUGCGCUUCCAAGCCCAUGUCAGGUCCAGAAUGGGUGCUGCAGCUCUUGACAAAUACAUCGACAAGAACGAAAAUGCUUGGGCCAAUUGCUUGAAGCAUUUCGAAGACUAUACCAAGAAGAGCUUCAACCCUCAGAAAUAUCCCGACAAAGUCUACCCCAUUCCACUCUGGUAUGCGCCUGACGAACCUGAUGCCGACAUCGAAGAUAGCCAUAUCAACUUGUCGACCAUGGACCUGGCCGAAAUCUUCCGACCCGUCAUUGAAUCUGCUUUGAAGCUUAUUGAUGACCAGUACACAGCAUUGAUAAAAAGAAAGAAGCAACCCACCGGAAUCAUUCUCGUCGGUGGCUUCGGAAAAAACAAACAUUUGAUGCAGAGCAUUGAGAACCACUUCAAACCGAUCGCACCUACGAUGGAAGUUAUCAGACCCGGACACUCCUGGUCAGCUGUUGCUGUCGGUGCCGUCAUACAUCGUCUUGAAGGUGCUUCCUUGGUCAAGAGCCGCGUUGCCAGGAGUCACUAUGGUGUCCUCACCCGUGCCUACUGGAGAGAAGGAGUGCACAGCAAAGAAUCCAAGAUCUGGGAUGCUGACGAAGAAGCCUGGUAUGCCGACAACGUGAUCCAAUGGUACGUCGCAAAGGGCCAGUCCAUGGUUUCUGGAAACUACAUUCCCAUGCCUUUCUACAUCACCAGCAAGGAAGCCAGCGAAAGCGAGAUUAUCACGAUGAUCAUCAGUGAUGAAGACGAGGCGCCUCUUGAGUUCAAACCCACAGAGCAGACCCGCAGGCUUUGCGCCAUCACCGCUGAUCUAAGCCAAGUACCUCGCAAGACUUGGAAGUCUGCCAAGACAAGCAAAAACAAGAAGUACGUGUACCUUCAGCACAGCGUGGGUCUCACCUUUGGCCCGGGUGGUCUGCAGUUCGACGCUAGAGUUGGCAAGAGCGUUGUUGGUACUGCUAGAGCCGACUACGAGCAGUAA